GUCCACAUCAUCCACCACGGCCAGUCACUGCACAAUGUACAGCGUGGCUAUCCUUAUCGCGACCCACCUCUGACAGAUGCCGGCCAAGAGGCCACAAGGUAAAUCCGCCUCGAUGCUGCGCCCGACCUCAUCGUCAUUUCGCCCAUGACUCGCACGAUCCAGACCGCUCUAAACGCCUUUCCGUCAAUCCUCGAAUUGCCGCGGAAGGUGCCGGUCCAGGUUUGGCCUGACCUCCGCGAGGCGCAUGAUGCAAUCUGUAACAAAGGCAUCUCUCGAGCUGGAUUGGCAGAACGAUUUCCUCAAUUCGACUUCACCGAGUGUUCUGAACAUUGGGAUUAUCCCGCGCACGCGGUGGAGGCUGCUACAUCACGCGCGGAAAGAGUUCGCGCACGACUGGAAAAGCUAUCGAGCACCCACAGAAAUAUCGUCGUGAUUUCACAUCGUGGUUUUAUCGCGUUCCUUGUACACGGAAGUCAAUUCGAUGUGUGUGAGUGAGAUGCGUUCUUACCGCUUUGCGACGUCAGAAAAGGAGGCUGCGGCUUCGAGAUGGGCUUUCAACCAAGAUUUGAACACACAGCAAGACUUUGGUCCGACAAUCCUAGUGUCGGUCAACGGAUGGAGCGAGAAAAACAGUCGCUGAAGACGUUCCAUCAAACGUCCGACGACCGGCGUCAUUUUCUGACGUCCGGGCCGCAGUUGGUACUGUAAUUUACUAUGUUCAACGCCAAACCCUGCCCUGAUAGAACCGUUCGGCUAGCGAUGCCACAGCCUCUGCAAAAUUCAGGAUCAGGCGCACUAAGCUGUUUGUUUAUGCGCAGCGAUCGUGACAUGGAUCCUCCUAUAU